CUGCUUACACCCGUAAGACAAAAUUACUCCACUGUUACCUGCUUUAUUUUUCUUUCACUUCUCUCCCUCUCUCAAUCUGAGACACACGCGAAUGCAGACCAAUGUGAUUUUAACUUUUAAAAUUUUGUUUUGUCUUUAUUUUCAGACGACAGCAACACCAUGACGCCAGUUGUCAUCAUUGUUCUCCUUGUGUCUGUUACGGCCGUUUCUCCGGUCCCAAUGAGUGAAACCGCCAGAAAGAAAAGAGAAGUCACAUCCACUUUUACGAAAAUUGCAAAUGCAAAUGAAAAGGUCUUAGAAUCCCACCUUAUACAUGGAGAUAUUAUGGCUAGCACGAAAAAUGACGACGGUAUUUUGAGGAAUGCUAUCCCUUGCACCAACGCAGGCUGUAAAUGGCCCAAAACUGGAAAAAGAGUCAAGAUACCCUACGAAAUUUCCAAUGAAUUUUCAAGAAAAGAGAAGAGAACAAUAAAACAAGCCCUGAAAGAGUUCAAAAAAGGAGAUCGUAGGACCUGCAUUCGCUUUGUCAAGAAGACUAAAGAAGAUGUGGACUAUAUAUCCUUCAUCUCUGGCACUGGGUGUUGGUCCUACCUUGGUCGCCGAGGAAACAAGCAGGAAAUUUCCUUGCAGAAAAACGGUUGUCUGUACAAAGACAUUGUGCAACACGAGGCUCUCCAUGCACUCGGAUUCCACCAUGAGCAUGUCCGCUCUGACAGAGACGAACACGUCAUCAUUAAUUUUGAGAACAUCAUAUCAGGAUUUGAAAACAACUUUGAGAUUGUGCCAACAAACAACUUGGGUACACCCUAUGAUUUUCAAUCCGUGAUGCAUUACAGCGAAAGUGCCUUCUCCAAAAAUGACGAGCCAACCAUUGUUGCCAGGGAUAGUGCUGUCACUACUUUUGGCACUGCGACAGAGAUGAGUGCCAAUGACUAUGAGCGUGUCAACACACUUUAUGACUGCUGAACUUCAUGACCAUCACAGGGUUUCCAGGUCUCGUCCAAUUCUCCAGUGGUCAAAAAGUGAAGGAAUCGAGCGUCAUUUUACCUGAAUAACAUUUAGUUAACCACAAGAUUGAGUAACUUUGACUAUAGCUCAAAACAAGAAUAAACAGAAUGGAAAUGAAAA